GGUUAAUAAAUCCUGUUAAAUUUUCUCUUCGAGUGUUUAUUGGUAUGCUAGUGUUUGAAAGUGUUUCGAAGACAACUGUGGCCAUCAGUUAAGCUACGCGUCGGAUAAUGACACAAGCAGAGAGAGAACAAGAAAAUGAAAAAGACAAAGACAAAGAACGAGAAAAAGAUAAAGAAAAAGAGCAACGCGGAGUAAAGAGACCGAUUGUUCCUCCUGCUAUUCCAGAACCUUUGCAAGAGCAAAUUCAGACCAACUUCAUUGUUGUAAUCAAUCCUGGAUCACAAACUCUCCGCAUCGGCCGAGCUACAGACACACUGCCCAUCAGUGUUCCCCAUGUCAUUUCCCGUAGACAUAAACAACCCGGUCAGUCGCGAUAUGAAGAUCCUUGGCUGUUACGAGAAGGGCUAAACAGACCGGAGAGUAAUGAGCAAAGGCAAAACGGUCUAAAAAUGGUGGACCAGGCCAUCUGGUCCAAGAAAAUGUCCAGUGGUGCCAGAAGAACUCCAGUUUCUGCUGAACAAGCUAGAGUGUACAACCGGCAGAUCCGACCAGCCAUUUUGGACCCUAACUCAAGACUGAAAUGGACACACACAGCUCAUCAACCAGAGUACUUGGUAGGAGAAGAGGCAUUAAAUGUAAACCCCACAGACUCAUAUAGUAUCCACUGGCCUAUCUGCAGAGGUCAGCUGAAUGUCCACAGUAGGCCUGGUGGGUCACUGACUGCUAUACUAGAAGACUUGGAGACCAUCUGGUCCCAUGCCAUUCAGAAGCUUCUAGAAAUCCCUCUCAAAGACCUGAAGUAUUACAGGUGCAUUCUACUGAUCCCAGACAUCUAUAAUAGACAGCAUGUGAAAGAGGUGGUCAAUAUGGUCCUCCUUAAAAUGGGCUUUUCAGCUAUUGUGGUACACCAAGAGUCAGUAUGUGCUACCUUUGGCAGUGGUUUGAGCAGUGCAUGUGUGGUAGAUGUGGGGGAUCAGAAGACCAGCCUGUGUUGUGUGGAAGAUGGUGUAUCCCACCGUAACUCUAGGCUGUGUCUCGCGUAUGGUGGCUCUGAUGUGACGCGGUUCUUCUUUUGGCUGAUGCAACGAGCAGGCUUUCCCUACAGAGAGUGUCAGCUGACCAGCCGACUUGACUGCAUGCUAUUGCAGCAGCUUAAAGAGACCUUUUGCCAUCUUGACCAGGACAUUUGUGGACUUCAAGACCAUGAGUUUCGCACACGUUUCCCAGAAUGCCCAGUGUUCUUGUACCAGUUGCGGUUAGGUGACGAGAAAUUGCAGGCGCCUAUGGCUCUGUUCUACCCUGCGGCUUUUGGAAUCGUGGGGCAGAAGAUGACCACUCUGCAGCACCGCUCUCACGGAGACCCAGAGGACCCUCAUGAUGAGCACUACCUACUGAGUACCCAGAGCAAACAAGACCAGUCUUCCAAAGCCACUGAACGGAAGAAUCUUUCUAAGCCCUCUGGCUUCGAGGGUGAAAGCAGCAGCAGUCAAGGAGGUGACCAGGUAGAAAGAGGAAACCAUGGCCAAGAAGUGGAGUUGGGUCAUGCACCAGGGGAGUGUCUGGUGGGUGGGGCAGAUCCAGAAGACACGCCCUCUGUUCUUUUGUCCAGAAAGUCUGCAGUAUCCCAGUUUGAGGGCAAAGCACUUGGACUGGACAAGGCUAUCCUGCACAGCAUAGACUGUUGUGCAUCAGACGAGACGAAGCGGAAGAUGUACAGCUCGAUCCUGGUCGUGGGAGGCGGGCUCCUUUUCCACGGGGCACAGGAGUUCUUGCAGCAGCGCCUGCUCAAUAAGAUGCCUCCAUCAUUCCGGCGUCUUGUUGAGAACGUGGAAGUCAUCACACGGCCAAAGGACAUGGACCCUCAGGUGACUGCGUGGAAGGGUGGGGCAGUGCUGGCAUGUCUGGACACCACCCAGGAGCUGUGGAUCCACCAGCGGGAGUGGCAACGAUUUGGUGCACGUAUGCUCCGUGAACGAGCAGCCUUUGUCUGGUGAGGUGUGUGUGUGUGUGUGUGUGUGUGUGUGUGUGUGUGUGAGAGAGAGGGAUGCUUUACACCAAGCAUGUGUGUCUAAAAUUCUCAAUUUCACUGAGAGAGCGCUCUACGUCCCUGUAUAGCAGCUGUACAUAUUUGUUUUGUUUUUUUUUAAAACUGGACAUGUUUUGUUUUUUUAAAUGGAGUACUAGUAUUAAAAACUGGAAUAAGCAAUGGUGUGUGAGCUUACUUUUAAAUAAAAAAUACAGUAUUCAAGAA